CAGGUAACCGUAAAGUAUGACCAGAAAACUCUCUAAGGAGGAGAUAAAGGACAAGUUUGAUGGGGAAGAACUCGACUUGAGUCUUUGCAAUUUAGCUAAGGUGCCUGUGAGAGAAAUGGUGAGUUCUUUCGGCUUUCGAUCAAAGAUUAUCGAGCACCGCAAAAAGGACAAAAGGUCGCGCGCAAAUUUGCCACGAAGCUAAGGCUUCACAAGAACUCUUUAUUAACUGGAACAAACGAAUUGAUUUUGCUGUGAAUCCGGUUCCUCAAGAAUUUUACUGGCGAUUACCGUAGGGCGAAAUACAGUAUAAAGGUGAUUAGUUCGUGAUAAGGGAGUGCGGUAAUGGUGGUCUGUCUUAGGCAAUUAGAUCUCUCGCAGACGAAGUCAAUAAAAAAACAAUUAUGAGAAAUACUCGUGAUGUGAAAUGAGUCGUUUGACGGCAUCGUUUUGAGUUAUCAUUAACGUAAACAGACAUUCGUUUAUUAGUUUCAUUUAGCGGUAAAAUUCAGCCACGCUGUUGGCUGGCGCGAUCGGCUGCUAACUGACUAUGAUAAGAAAAGUUAUAAUAAAGUCUUAACAAUCUUCUUUAAAAGCUCAUAGACUUAUACCUACAUGUCAGUCUGUGUGUAUAUUUUUAAAUUAAAGCACAAGUUGUAUUGUUAUUCUUUUUUUUCCACAGGCAUCUCUGCCUAAAGCAAGAGUUGUGGAUCUCUCUUGUAACAACUUAACCACCCUACCGGUGAGAUGAUAAACGAUAAAUGAUAAACAACUGGGCCGAGUUGUACAAAGCUGGGUUACGAUAACCCAGGGUUAGUGCGAGAUUUGAAUUCAGGUUUGAAAGUUUAAAAAGAAUUUCAGUUUUAAUUCUUUUUGUCUACAGUUGAUGAUUGGAAGCUCUAAAAGUAACAGAGAAAAUUAUCUGAGAAAGUACUUUUGAACACAAGAAAAAGAAACCCGGGGUAAAUUUGACUCCGGAUUAUGCGCUAAUCGGCCUUCAAACAACUUGGCCCUGGCAUUCAAAUUUCAUUAAUAGCAGCAUUGAGCCUCUAUUUACUAGCGAAAACAGAAUAAAAAAUCCUCUGGAAAUCCCCAAAGAAAUAUUUAACUUUAGGAUCCCAGAAAAACAUGUUGAGUUAUAAUAUUAUUAUUGGUCAGUUUAUUUACAUUAUUUGUAAAGGUUAAAUACAAUAACGGUUAAAACUGACUGUCAUGGAGGAGGUUACUGCUUCUUACAGUGAUGUAUUCAAAGGCUUAGGAUGUAUGGAAGGAGCUCUUCCCCUGCAAGUAGACAAGACUGUUGCUCUGGCACUUACAGGUGUAUGCCUCCUCGUCGUGUGCCUCUAACAUUGAAGGAUAGGUUGAAAGAUGAGCUGACUCGCCUAGAGAAAGCAGGUGUUAUAUUCAAGGAAGAAGAACUAACCAACUAGGUGUCUAGUCUAGUUGUUUCAGAGAAACCAAACAGGAAGCUUAGAGUAUGCAUCAACCCUCAGCACCUCAAUGAAGCCCUCAAAAGAAGUCACUAUCUGUUUCCAGUCAUUGAGGACAUAUUUCCCAAGUGUUUUUAAAGGCAGACCUUUGAGAUGGCUUCUUGCAGAUACUGUUAGGUGAAGAAUCCAGCAAGUACCGAUAUUUUCGAAUGCCCUUUGGAAUUUGUCUUUCACCAGAAUACUUUCAGAGAAAACUGGAUCAGAGUUUAGAGGAAUCAUGAUGCCAAUUUGCUGAAGCGGUUAGACAGGCACAGGGAGAGAAAUUUGAAGCUUAACCGAGAGAAGCUACAAUUGAAGUGAUCAGAAACGCUCUUUAUUGGUCAUGUUCUUACACCUGAAGGAGUGAAACCUGACCCAAGAAAAGUUGACGCCAUACUGAAAAUGGAAAGACCAAAGGAUGUAGCUGCCGUUAGAAGACUGGUAGGCCUAGUGAACAACAUGUCCGCGUUUCUAAAAAAGCUCUCAGAACUUUGCAACCACUGAGAAGAUUAACUCACAAGGACAUUGUGAGUUGGUUGAAGCAGUACAAGAAGAAGCAUUGCAAAGUAUCAAGCCUGCUGUCACUUCAGCUCCAGUCCUGAGAUAUUCAAUUCUGCUGAACCCGUGGAAGGUCAGGGAGAUUCUCCUUCCAGUGGUAUAGGAUUUGUAUUGAUGAAGAAUGGGCAACCUGUAUCAUACUCAAGUUGAGCUCUCACAGCCAGUGAGAAGUACUAUUCUCAAAUAGAGAAGGAACUAUUAGCCCAAGUAUUGGAGUGGAGCGUAACUAUCACUUUGUUUAUGGUAGAAGAGUUGUUCUGUGGGCUGACUAUAAGCCAUUGGAGACUAUUUGCAAGAAACCCUUAGCAUCAGCACCGAAACGACUCCAGUGCCUACUCUUGAGACUACAACAGUACGAUGUCGAGAUUUGUUACAGAUACUUUGUCCCGCGCUUACCUGCUCCGCUCCCUCACUGAAAAAGAGGUCGAGCAAAUCCAUGCCGUCGAUUUCUUAGCCAUUUUAGAGCCACAGCUUGCAGAGAUCCAGCAAGAAACAGCAGCAGAACCUGUCCUACAGUCCCUCACCCAAGUUAUCGUAAAGGGCUGGCCAGAGAAGAAAGAUGAUCUGCUGAUAGAACUUCACCCCUACUUUGACGUUCGCGAUGAACUGACAGCCCAGGAUGGAGAUCUCUUCAAAGGUCUUCAAUGCCUGAUUCUGGCAAGCCUCAGACCUAAGAUCCACGAGUGUCUACAUGGUGCACACUCUGGUAUCAAAAAAAAAAAACGAGGUUUUGUGCUAGCUACAAGAAAGAACAGCCCAAAGAACCACUGAUCUCACACAAGAUCCCAAGCCACCCCUGUGGAACAGUCGGUUCUGACAUCUUUCACUUUGACAAUAGAGAUUACCUCUGUACUGUGGAUUACUACUCAAGCUACCUUGAGAUCGACCCCCUCAAAGACAAGACCGCCAGCAAAGUCAUCUAUACCCUAAAGAGACACUUCUUGAGGCAUGAAAUCCGUAAUAAGCUGAUUAUUAUCUGCUGAGCCAAAGGCCAAGACUGAUAACAUUUACUCAGACCUCGAUUAUUCUGUAUAUCACAAAAACUGAAUCUAAUAAUAAUGUUGUUAUACACUGAUUUGAAGAAAAUAAUACAACAUACAUUACACACACAACCUACAGAUUAGUCAAUUAUCUGCUAGUUACAUGUACUGACUAAUCUGUUAGUUGCGCUGAUUUCCAAAAUUAACUGUAGGCUCUUAGCCAAUGAAAAGACAGUUAGUGUUUACAAUAUUAUGAUGUUAUUUGUUUGCUUUUCAUCAGGAUGCAUUUUGUACUUUGCGGCAUUUAGUGCGGCUGGAUUUAAGUAAAAAUGCUCUCACAGAACUUCCAACAGAGUUCGGCAACCUUAAUCAACUCAAGCGGCUUGACUUGUACAGCAAUCAACUCAGCAGUUUACCCCUUAGCUGUGUAGAUCUUGAGCAACUUAGAUGGUUGGACCUGAAGAGUAACCCUAUACAAACACUGUGGCCUGAUGUUAUUGGAAAUUGUUUAAGUGAAGAUGAAUGUAGACAAUGUGCAAUAAAUGUAAGUAUACGUGUACUUUCCAGUAUUCAUAUUAUUAUUAUUACACUGUUAAAGAAUGACUGAUGCUUUGUUUCGAUGACCACAAGUCAUCGCUGUCAAGUGCAAAGUUAAAAUUUAAAUCACUGACAGGAGAAGAAAAUUGAAUUCCUUGCAAAGCGAGGCAUUGAAGACACCUUCGUGUAGCAAAUUUGUAAAUUUGUCAAGUGAGCAGCAUGUGUAUCACAUGGAUCACACAGCAAGGAAGAAACUGUAGUUGGCAAUAUUUCUAUAAAUUAUAUCUCUUUGGGUGUCUGCAUGUGAAGUCAUCAAGUGUGCAUUUUAGGGUUGCCAGGUAACACAUUUUCAAGUGCGAAUGAAUCAUCUAUCAAACUACAUGUAUGUUUACUAUCGGUGAAUCAUGACCAGUUUCUCAGGCAACUGAAAGAGAAUGGCAAGCACAAGAAUGUUCCAUUCAACAUAAGGCUGGAAAUCCUCAGCACAGGGCUGCAAAUAAUGGCCGGUCAACAGACAAUGUCUGGUCAAAAAUAGGUUUUGUCCAGUCAAAUCCUUAGAUGGCCGGACAAUUUGUCCGGUCGUCUACGCUGGUAAGGAAAAAAUUUAGAGUUUCAAGUUUUAAAUAUUUAAAGGUUCAAUAUUAUUGGCGUUUGUGAAAAAGGAGGGGAAAAGACGGAUACUUAACUACCAGACCAAGAACUUUUUAGUAGUCACAAAAUUUCUGGCUGUCAUGGCUUUGUCAUUCACCAAGUCGUCACCGCAAAUUAGCGGGUCUUACAAAUGUGUACCAGUCACGGGUGUGAAUUACUUUAUUAUUAGUCCAUGUGGGUUUUGUAAACAUGAUGUGAGAAGGACAGCAAAACCUCUCAGUGUCGAUACAAGGGUCAUGGCACCCUUUGUCUUCAAAAUUUAAGAGUGAAAAUAACAAUAACAAGAAAGCAAGCUUACAUUCAUUUGUCUACUCGUCGACAUUUCCGUGUUAAUCACUUAAGCUAUAAAUACCGCGAUUAACAAAACAUUCUAUUUUCCAGGGAAACAAACCUUUUUAGCAGUAAAUUCACAUAUGACAACAUGUAAACUUUACCUGGUCUAUCUCCAACGAUUGACUGCGGAUUUCAUUGUGUUACGUGUCACGCAUGAUGCGUGGGUCAUUUAUAUCAGAAAUAUUUGAAAAAUUCUUCUCAAACUUGACUGAAGCAAAAAUGCAGUAAGUUUCACCGUUGACAGGUUGAAACACAAUGGAUUAGAAAGAAAUUGUAUUUGCGAUAAUCCUUUAUAAAUGUUGUCAAUGUGGUAUGUAACGACUUCAGUAACUGUUAAUGAACAUAGUCAUCAACGUCUUCGAAAACCCUUUCCAGUGCAUCCGGGUGUUCCCUUGUUACAUGUCCAAACCGCGUUUUCGUAAGAUGAUGUCCUCGGAUGUCUUAGCCAGUAAACAGACGUUUUAUUUUUCUUUUCAUUCUUUCCAAAAACGUUGGUGAGCGAAGCGAGCGCGGAGCGUGAGAAAGAAAAAUAAAGAAUAUGUAUAUUUAUCUUCCCCCACCAGGCGGUUCAUAUUUUAUCACCCGCGCUCAACGGACUUUUAAGAGAAAAUAGAGGGUCUGUGAACAGGCUACGGAUGUCUAAAAAAUCUCUUCCAUUAUUGUAUUUUAAAAGUUCAAUCACGCAUGUUAGGGAAAGAGCUUCCCUGUUUCUGGCAACAUUUAAAAUCAACUAGAUUGCAAGCCUCAGUCAAUUUCAUCAACUUCAUAACUAACCAUAUAUAAGACAUAGAACUCAAGCAGUAGUAGUAGGCACAAAUGUGAUACUGAUUUUGCUGUACCAUGCGUUCCACUUUUCCUGCAUUGAGAUCGAUGCUCAUGUACAAUAAAUGCUUUGAAAAUUUACUUGUUUCAUAUUUAAACAUCAUGUGAAGGGGUGAUGGGGUACCUUUAUAACGAUAAGAUGUAAUCAAUGUUUGUCCGGCCAAAAAUGGGAUAUGUCCGAGCAAAAAUAGGUUUGACCGGUCAAUUUGACCGGCACCAGCCGGGAAAUUAUUUGCAGCCCUGUCAGCAGGGAAUAUUUACAAUCAAAACUGCGCUGCAGUAAGAACGGCAACUUGAAAUACCACUCGAGCAACAGAGAAGAAGACGAGCAUGUACAUCAGUCAGCUGUUAAGCCCAAGAAUGAAUAAACACGGAAAUAAUGUGAAAUGCCUUUGAAAUACUCGUUUAAGCUAAUUUUCCUGGAAUACAGCUCUACAAUCUUCAAACAGGGUGUAGGGCAGGGAACAAUGCUUUAAGUGUAUUCAUUUUACCUAAUAGGUUGUCCAGUGGCAGCAUGGCCCAGUGGUCUGGGCCGGAGCUGGCUUCUUGUUUAAGAGAAUAAAAGAAUGGUUAUAUGCUGUAGGUUCAAAUGAGACUGUAGCUUUUUUUUUCGCUGUUUCUUGUUUGUAAAAGCGCAAGAAACAUUAACUAAAGAACCAAACGAUACAACUUCGAGUGAAACUUGAUUGUUUGUUUCAUUUAUUUUGUGCUUUUUGUUACAUUGCUCCUGCUGUGCAUACAAAAUACAAAAGGACCCUGUUUUGCUCUCCAUAGGUCAUAAGGCAUCUCAAAACCCUAGCUGCAAAUGAAGAACAAGCAAACCUAGUUAGAUUAUCAUUAGAAAAAGGUAAGGAUGUGCAUGGAGAGACCCUGUUGAUUGUUCAAGGACCUGUUAUGAUCUGACUGAGGGCUUGAACACUCGAAUAAACUUCAACUUCAACUUCAACUUCAACUUUAUUCAUUCACUUUCAAUUUACAAUUACACGAUAGCUUCCACCCGCGUAUAGGAGAGCCUAAUCGAGGCGGGGGAAGAGACACACAAAUUUAAAGAAAGAAAAGAAAAAAAGAACUAUUUUACAAACAGUACCAGCUGUCGCAAAAUAAAAACUAUAGUAUGUAUUAAGCUAAUUUAAUUGCAAUAUGAUUUACACAGAGAAUAUAAAUUUAGUUGUGUUCCUGAGCUAGUUAAAUUUAAGUUGAUGCAUGAUUUCAGUGAUUUCAAGAUAGUCAUCAGAUUUAGAUAAAUUUCAAAGAGCUUAUUCCUUAUCUUUUUCCGAAAGGUAGAUUUUAAACACCUGUUAUGCGCUUGAGGAAUUCUAAAGUAGUCCUCCAGGGCUUAUUGCUGUGUUUCCCUUUGCCCUAGCUAUACUUGUACAUAUCAUUGUGAUAAUAAUAUGAUCAUUGUGAUAAUAAUAUGAUAUGUAUGAUUGGUUAGCAAUAAACAAUAAAGCAAAGUCAAUUAAGUUUAUUGAUAUCAAUCCCCUCACUACCUACCCAGACCAUGAAAGGUUGUCCACACCACUGACAUUUACGUCCUAGGUUUGAAAUUUUCCAUUUCCUUUCUGGGAUUUGUUGUUGUUGUUGUUGUUUUUUUUUUUUUUUUUUUUUUUUUUUUGGGGGGGGGGGGUUAGGGGAAAGGGUAUUCAAAACAGCCCAAAAGGGUUUUUUUUAGGUUUUGUUGGAAGCCCUCUCGAUUUUUUUGGGUUUCUCCUUUAUUUGAUCAUCCCCUUCACUUGGAAUCCAGGGUACACCCCUCUUGGGAGUGUGUCAGUUGCAGACCUUUAAUUAAUUGCCCCUUUAGUACACAUCCAAGGUUCUAAAAUGUAGCGUUGCAUCUCUUUCAGAACAAAAAGCACUGGAAGAGGAAAAGGAACGUGAAAAGCAAGUGAGAAAGCGGAUUAAAAAACAGCAAGAAAAACAGUUGAAGAGAGAAGCUUAUGAAGCAAUGGAGAGACAAAAAAAGAUGAUGGCUGAAGAAACAGACAAGGAUUUAAAAGGUCAAUUUCCUUCUUUUUUGUAGGGAGGAUGUAUUCACACCCACUGGACAUAGUUCGAGAAAGCGACACUUGACUGUCUUCCAAACUGAUAAACCUUUAGCCCUUUCAAGUGUUCCCAAUUGGAGAAAAUUCCUAGAUGGAUUUGGACAGUAGAUGCAUGUAUAAAAAAAUUACAUGUAUAAUUUAUUAGUUAUUGAGGAGAGGGAAAAACUUAUGAGAAAUAGCAAGACAAACUUAACCCAUAUAAUGACACUGGGUCUUGAACCUGAUCAGGCCACAUUGUUGGGUGGCGAAUGUUCUUACAUGUGCCAUUGAUCACUCUUAUCCCCGCUACCCCUUAACCCUUUAGGUCCUUAUAGUGACCAACAUCAAUUUUCUCCUUACAAUAUCCAUACAUUGUUAAGAGAAAUGGUUAUCAGAAUUAAUAAGCUGAUCACAUGUGAAAAAUGCUGUGAUCUUUUAUCAAAUUUUCUCAACUACUCCAGAAGGAAAUGUAAGGAGUUCAGUGUGGAGAAUUUGAUUAUCGAUAUUGGAACUUAAAGGGUUUAUAAUGGAAGGGCUUGAAGAAAACUUGAAUUCCAGCUUGUUGUUUACGAACACUGCAAUUGCAGCUUCUUUGCUUGCCAGCAAGAAAAUCCCCUUGUCCCAGACUAUCAGAUGGGACUUUUUUUAGCCCUGCUAUGGCAGGGCAUGUUGUAGGAAAACUCUAAUUAACUAUCAUUUUUCUACACAGCCCAGGAAGAAUUCAUGGAAACAAGACCCCCCAAACCUGAUCCUCAAAGUCAAGGCAAGUUCUUAUUUCUUUUUCUUGAUAGUGUUGAGAACCUCAAAAGACAAAUUAAAAGUAUAAAAAUUAUAUGAAAAAUAUUCGAACUAUCUUGAUUUCGUAGGGAUUCUGACUCCCUAGUUGCUUCAAAAUCCCAAAUUCUAAUCAAUAUAGGAUCAGGGGCCCAUUUCUCGAAAGGCGUGAUAACUAAAUAAUUCAGGCCUCAAAGGCAAAUUUUAAAAUCAAAACCUGUUGAAUUUUAUCAUUUUCAAAAUUAUUUCAACUUUGGUCUUGAAUGAAAACUUAGCCUGCAUUACAGCCAGCCCAAGCACUUGUCUAAACUUAGCUUCAAUACGGAAGGUUUAGAGCGUAUGUGACACGGGCAAAUGCAAACCUGGCAAAUCUAACACAGUAUUCCAGGCGUGAAAAGUUACUGGAACUUUCGAGAAACAUGCCCCAGGAUAGAAAAAAAAUCCCCAUUCUGACAUCUGUUCUGAUAUUUCAAAAGAAAUUCUUAUGAUCCUUAUACAGGAACACCUAAGAUGAUAUCCAGAUAAACUUAAAAGUAUGAAAAUGACAAUUGACUUAGUGGACACUUUAAACAGAAAUUUCCUCUCAGAACACUAGAAAUGGUGAUUCAGAGUAUCAAGAUUUCAAAAUUUUUUGGGGAGCAUGCCCAGCAAGUGUGUGAUUCAUGUGUCAUCAAAAAAUAUCCCAAUUUGACAUACUUGAAAGGUUGUACAGUGUAAUUCUGUGAACAAAGAGUUUUUUUGGCAUUCUUUUGAAAAUUUAGUUCUUGAAUGUCUUAGUAAUUUUUAAUUCAAAUUCAUUCAGUGUUUUUGAAUUGUAAAAUGUACAUUAUUUCUAUUGCAGAUGAGGAUGGAAAUCUGAUUGGACUGUUAUUGUUAUUUUCAUUAUUAACAGUUGGUAUUGCUGUGGCUCUUGUUAUUUUUUGUCACCAUGAUGCCACUUGCCAUGAACUGUUGUCCUCCUUGUCAUCUUGACACCCACCAAGCUGCUUGUGAAUAAGCUAAUAAUAAUUAAAUUAAAUCCCUGCACAGACUUUUUAUGGACCAAAAAUAAAAUUUAAAGAUAUUCUUAAUAAGAAGAAAUUUUAAAUGCAACAAUGAUAGAAAACUCCUUUUUGUCUAUGAUUUGUGCUAGUAACCCUUAGAGCUACCACUCAACAAUUCUUUUGAUAAUCAAACUCCAAGUGAUCAAUUUUGAGGUGGUAUCAAAGUUAAUGAAACUUUAAAAUUGCCCGACUGCCUGCCUUCUCCUAGCCUGCGUGGCAGGUAGUGUGGAAAUUCACUGUGUCAGGUCCAGGGGAGGGGCCCGGGGGACCUGGGGUCGCCCCUUAUCUUGAGACCAAACGGAGGCCCAAAGGGCCGAAAAAUUUUUUUGGAGACUGCCCCACCUUCCUUAUCUAAGGGUCUGGAUGACCAGCCCCCCCCUUCAUGUCAAGGUCUGGGAUCGGGAAAGGGAACCUUUUUUUCCCUACACGUAACUCUAACCUUCUCUUUUUCCCUUCCUCGCAUGAACGUCAAGUUCUUGCGUGCCAAAUUCCCCCUCCCCUUCCCCCUUUAAAGCCUGCCAAACAGGAUAGCCUUCUCAAACGUCUCAACAAGUUCUUUCAUUAUCAUUAUUUUAUUUUUUAUUAUUAUUAUUUUUAUUUUUACUGUCACCUCUAUUGAACAAAUCACAGAAAAAUCAGCCAGGGAAUGUUUUAUUCACUUUGCAAGGGGAGUUUCAUUAUGAUACUAAGGAGAC